GCCUGGACUCUUUCUGCCGUUUAUGAUCUCUUUCAAACUCUCUUCUAAGAUUAACCUAUCAUCUAAGUUCUCUCUCUCUCUUGAUCUGUAUUUUCAUCUCUCUUUCUCAUCAAUGGGUUCGAAUUUCCAUUACUCUAUAGAUCUAAACGAAGAUCAAAACCAUCAUGAAGAGCCCUUUUUCUAUCCUCUUGCAUCGGCUUCGUCUCUUCUUCAUAAUCAUCAAGUUCCUUCUAAUUCUUCAUCUUCUUCGACGUCCAUUUCUUCUCUCUCCUCUUACCUCCCUUUCUUGAUCAACUCUCAAGACGAUCAACAUGUUACCUACAACAACACCGAACAUCUCCAUCUACCUCAACCCCUGAAGGCCAUCAUGUUUAACGGUGGAUCAUCAUCAUCAUCACACGAUCAUAUGGUGCCAAAUAAGGAGACAAGACUGAAACUAACGAUUAGGAAAAAAGAUCAUCACGACGACCAAACUGAUUUUCUUCAUCAAAACCCGACAAAACCCAAUUCAGACUCCGACAAGUGGAUGAUGUCCCCAAAGAUGCGGUUAAUUAAGAAAACAAUCACGAACAGUAAACAGCACACUGAUCAGGCUAAUAAUAAUAAUAAUCAUAAUGAAGACCACUACCCUUUAAAUCAGAAGACUCGUUUUGAAGAAGAUCACAGUGAAGAUCGCAAGAAAGUGUCGACCAAGGCGACCACGGCCGUUAUCACGGAAAAUCAAUACAAUAAUACAAUCAAGGAUAAUGGUUAUGGCAAUAACAAUGGCGUGAUUAGGGUUUGUUCUGAUUGUAACACCACUAAGACUCCUCUUUGGCGAAGUGGGCCUCGAGGUCCCAAGUCUCUUUGUAACGCAUGUGGCAUAAGACAAAGAAAGGCGAGGAAGGCCGCAAUGGCUGCAGCCGUCGCUGCGGGUGACCAAGAGGUGGCGGCGGCGCAGCUGAAGCAGUUACCUGCGAAAAAGAAGUUGCAAAGCAAGAAAAAGCGAUGUAAUGGAGGAGACAAAUACACUCUGUCCUCUCCGGUAGUGGCCAAGACAAAAAAGUGCAAGAUCAAAGAACAAGAACAGGAGGACGCAGCCACGGUUGCCGGCGAUUCAGAAAUCAGCAAAGCAACAACUUCUUCUGAUUCUUCAAUCUCGUCAAACAAGCUGUGCUUCGAUGACUUGACGAUAAUGUUGAGCAAAAGCUCAGCUUAUCAACAAGUUUUCCCACAAGAUGAGAAGGAAGCUGCUAUUUUACUCAUGGCUCUGUCGCAUGGAAUGGUUCAUGGCUGAUCAUAUCAUUACACGAUUUGUUCUGGUUACAGAAAAGAGGUUUGUUUCAUAAUUAUAUAUAUACUAUAGUACGCAAAAUAAUGAUUUGGAGUUAUUAGUGUAGUUUUUGCAGUUGGUCUAAUAUGAGAAGUCAAAACAUUUUAUAAUAAGAGUGUGCGAGAGUUCAGUAUAAUAAUUAAUAGAUGUUUUGGGAGAUUUUGGUUUAGGGGUUAUAUGUUGUGUUUUUCCCAGAUGGAGCAUUAAUCACUCGAUAAUGUGGGUGAUCUUGCUUAUUUACAUCUGUGUAUAUUGUGUUACGUGAUUUGAGAAAUAAUAUAAUCAAGAAGAGUAUUU